UAGGAUUAGUAAAUCAGAAUAUUCAGAAUCUAGGAGUGUGCCUAAAGCUACAGAAUCAGUGCCUUCUGGUUCCAGUGCUAAAGAUAGGAUUAGUAAAUCAGAAUAUUCAGAAUCUAGGAGUGUGCCUAAAGCUACAGAAUCAGUGCCUUCUGGUUCCAGUGCUAAAGAUAGGAUUAGUAAAUCAGAAUAUUCAGAAUCUAGGAGUGUGCCUAAAGCUACAGAAUCAGUGCCUUCUGGUUCCAGUGCUAAAGAUAGGAUUAGUAAAUCAGAAUAUUCAGAAUCUAAGAGUGUGCCUAAAGCUACAAAAUCAGUGCCUUCUGGUUCCAGUGCUAAAGAUAGGAUUAGUAAAUCAGAAUAUUCAGAAUCUAGGAGUGUGCCUAAAGCUACAGAAUCAGUGCCUUCUAGUUCCAGUGCUAAAGAGAAAAGUAAUGAAUCAAAGCAUUCAAAAUCAAGACGUGUGCCUGAAGCUACAAAAUCAGUGCCUUUUAAUGCAAGAGCUUUAAAGAAUGAGUUGGAUUGUCCAGGUUUAAAACAAAGCCAAGCUGCUAAGGACUUUCCUACAGAGUUAACAAGUGUCCAAGAGGUUCCAGGUUCUGAAAAUUUUGAUGCUUUAGUGCUCAAAUCUGCUGAUAAAAAGUUGGCUGUUAUUGAAAAGCAAGAAGAUGAAGAGGAACAAUCAUUAGAGGAAGGCUUGAAAACAUUGUCUGGUGAAGGGGAUAGUGACAGUGUUACAUCAAUCUCAGUCGUUAGCAUUGGGCCAUCUUUUCACACUGGAGAAGGUGACAGUGGUGAAGACAAUACUCAGAAGAGACAGUACUUUGAUCUUGUCAAAUGUUCAGAAUUUAAGAAAAAAAGUACAGAUUCUGAAAAAAAUAGGUCAGAAAAAUCAGAAUCAUUAAAUCAUGUUUCUAGUGAGGAAGAAACUGUUGUUAGAUCACAAAGUGCUUCUUUUGUCAGUGUAAAGCAGGAACCAGAAGCUGUACUAAGCCAUGAAGAACGUAUGUCCUUUGUCAAAUAUGAAGAAAACAGAGAGAAUAUUUCAUCUGGAAUAACUACUUUAAAGCCUUUGUCUCUCAAACAGCCUGAUGUUGCUCUUGAAAAUUCCCACGUUGAAGAGAACAAGUGUGAACCUCCACAGGUUGCCAGUGACAAGGAAACGAUUCAGGUUUCUUACCAGAAAGCCAAAGAACAACUUGCUGAAGGCAUUGCCACAAAAUUGAUAACUACAUUUAUUGAGGAUGCUGUUGAUGUAGUAUGUAGGAUUGCAUCCCAUCAGCAUAGGCAAACAGAGACAAAAAGCCAAAAUGGAGUUGAAGCACACAGACAGGUUGGUGCUGAAGACACCAUCCAUGAAAUGAAGCCCAAGAAAGAACAGGGAAUAACUGGUGAAGUGCUUAAAAGAAUAUCACACAUGUUGUCAAAUGUUUUGCUUGAAGAUGCCCUUCAUACAGUCAUACAGAUUUACCGCAGACCCAUAGUCAUGGUCAGAUGUUCACGUCCCAGAGAAGAGAUUCAAGCAGUAUCUGAUCAGAAUGUUGUCAGUAAGAAGGUAAGCUCCAUUCUAGCCAGUCUGGAUUGUCCAAAGUCCCCAAAAGAGAGGUAUCGUCCUCAGGAUUUGAUGGUUUUGUCUGUUGUCCCAGAUGAUGUAGAAGAAGUUACUGACCACAGUUCAACAGCUUUAGAAGAUAUACAGUUGGGUCCAGUACUUAACACAUUUCAUGAUCAACAGACUGAACUGUUUGAUGAUCAAGAGUGGUUUGAAGAUGACCUAGGAUUGUCCAGUAAGGGUAGACAAGAUGACCAAUUACUCUUGCAACAGCAGCUGUUACUUGAGCAGUAUCAACAGUAUUUCUACAGGCAAAUUCCUAACAAACCACCACCACCAUACACCCCACCCCAGUCUACUACCCCUAGGUCAAAAGUUGACCUUCAGAAGGCUGCUCAGCCCAAGGCAUUCUCUUUUGUCCCUCAGAGUUAUGAAGAAUUAAAAGAGAUAACAGAUAAGACAGCAGUUGAUGUUUUUGAUAAACUAGUCUUGGGUCACAAUCUUUGGGACAUUCAUUGUAAUGAUCAGUUUUUUCAAGAAGAAAGUAAUAACAGAGAGGUCACAAUACUGAGUCAACAGAGCUUCAGAACUUUUAUUUUCAACUUGAUUAAAGAAAUAACAGCAGAUUUGUACCAUAUUGGAUGUCAAGAAGUUCUACCUUUGUGGGUUCGGAGGCAACAAUUAACACCUAAACCUCCUUUACCAUCCUGUGCCAGCCAAUUCACCACAACUGUUGAAAACUGUGUAGCUCAAAAACUAGGAUUUAAACCUUGCAAUAAAUCCAAUAUUUCUUCUCGUUGUGGCUUCAAAAAACUGGUACGUAAAAAAAGAGACUUUGUUGACACCAUCUUAAUACAGGAGCUGAAGGAGGAGGAGCAAGAGUGGGUCUGUUAUGAUGAAGAUGAAGUCACAGUCAAAAUACAGAUAUCUAGUGCCAUAUUCAACUUUUUACUUGAUGAUGCCAUCCAUCUAGCUAAGAGGCUGUUUGAAAGAACCACUCAUCUUCUAGAGAAAUAGCCAUUUAAAGUUGUUGAUUGUAAAUAAGACUUCAUUUCAAAAGUUAUUUAAACUGUAAAUAAGAGAUUGUCACCUACUUGUAUCAGCUUCAAAAGCAUUGUCACUUUGUUUAACACAGAAACCAGAAGUUGUUGGAAAAUGUGAUGUAGAGUUUGAUUGUUAACUAUUAAUUUUUUCUUUACAAAUAGAGAAAUGUAUACAUCAUAACAGAAGCAUCAAUUAAUGUCUUCUGCAAAAGUCAGUACUGGACCUUCAGUCCAUGUUUUGGAUGAAUUUCCUGUGUGUUCUCUGAUUGUUGGAAUAAAGUAUCUGGUAAAUAAUUACAUUUUGUGUAUAACUGUUGUCAACAAGGAUUCAUCUGGUAAAAUAUUAAUAUUCAAGCAGAGAGAUUUACAAAUCUGAGCAAGUAUUGUUCAACAGAAACUACCACUUGCUCUCUUGCAUGAUGCUGUAGAUUAUGUAAAGAACAGAAAAUUACACCAGCUUAAUGACAAGCCAUGAAAGAUGAUGUUUACAGCUUUCCUAUCUGAUUGGUACUUUUGUAGAAAACAUCCAGUUGCUUUAGAGAAGAAAUAAAUUGCUCAAUAAUUGGAAAUUGUAUGAAAAGCCAGUAAAAAUUAAGGUUUCAGAUUUUAUAUUUCCUUGUGUAAUGUAUGUUUUUGUAAAUAAAAAAAAAUAUAUCACUUACUGUAGGAAUCUAAAACUGCUCAAAACAUUUGAAAUAUGACUAUUAUAUAAAGUGAUAGAGAAGAAAGUUUGCAUAUUCUUUCAUCUGCAUUUUGUGUAAUUUAUAAUAUAGCCAGUAAGACUUAAAUAUUGUAAUGUAGUAUAAAACAAAGCAGAACUGCAAACAUAUAGUUUCAUGGUAUGAAUGUGCAUUGGUUCACAUUGAGAUUUUAGCAGUGAUAAAUUUCUCCUUUGAAGUUCCUACUAAAAUCUUUAUUGGAAUGUUAAUCAUCUUCUGCAGAAAGACUAUUCCUACUGGUCUCCAUAUGCAGGACCAGAUUGAAAUUGUAGAACUUAAUGAACUGAAGUGAUGGACAUUACUGAAACUUUUCAGUCAGUUUAGUUAUAGCUUAAACAAAUAAUGAUUAUUCAGGCAAAUUUUUUCCAUCCAUCCUGAUACACUAUCAAGAUAGCUGUAACGUGAAAUUAACCUUUCUUUGUUAUUUCAUAAUGGAUACUCAGGUGUGAGGAUAUUCAAACCAUGACAUAUUUCACCUUCUCUUAUGUUGUAAGAUAAGCAGCUUAUUAGUAUGUGCAUUUAAGUUAUUUCUGUAUAUUUUGUGUAACAGUUACCUUGAUAUUAAUAAAAUUUCAUAGUGCAAACUCAUUCUCACAUA